UUUGCGAGCUCCGGCCCACAUUGUGCGAGCGAGCGGCGAUCGGCUCCCCCGGCUCUCCCUGAAGCGCACGGUCCGGAGGAAAUUAUUACAAGCAAGGAGCUCAGGGGUAGGAAAGGCAGUAACAUCAACACAACAUGGUGUCGCUGGUAGAUUGAAUGUAUUUUCUCCCUGCUAUGGAAUGUGGUUGCUCGGGCCGAGGUGCGUUCCAUUGGCUCUGAGCCGCAUAACUUCGUGUAAAAAAAAGAGAAACUGCGCUGACUCCAAAUUGCCUGUAUUUAUCCCAUUAAAUUGGGGACAGUCUUGGGGAGACGAUUUGUGAUCUUAACGUGUAAUUAACUACGGAAGAUAUUUUUGAUGCUCAGGGUGGUCAUGGGAAUGAAGCUGACAUAAUCUUUCUGUUGAAAAUAAAUCAAAGGACCACGAGUGACUAUCAAGAGAGGAAGUAUAAAUAUAUUGAUUACAGCAGACUGAUACAACUUCCUCAAAAUCUGCAUUGUCCAUAGAGAGUUUAUUUAUGAAAAGCACAAGUUGUUUUGGUGAUGAGGCCAAAGACAUUUCCAGCCACUUCGUAUGUUGGAAACAGCCGCCAAAGACUACAGGAAAUUCGGGAGGGGUUGAAGCAACCUCCUAAAUCUUCAAGCCAGGGCUGGAAUGUUGGCUCUAACAAUGAAACCCAACUUGACCCGAAAGUCACUGUUGGAAAAGAUGCCACCAGACAGCAGCAGAUGCGACCCGUCCCAAAAUUUGGCCCUUAUCAGAAAGCUCUCCGGGAAAUCAGAAACUCCCUGAUGCCAUUUGCAAAUGAGUCAGGUUCAUCCAUCAGCGUUGAAGUAAACAGGCAGAUGCUUCAAGAAUUAGUGAAUGCUGGUUGUGAACAGGAAAUGGCAAUCAGAGCUCUCAAGCAGACUGGUAGCAGAAGCAUAGAAGCAGCUCUGGACUACAUAAGCAAGAUGGGUUAUCUGGACCCUAGGACUGAACAGAUCGUACGAGUUAUUAAGCAAACUUCACCAGGAAAAGGUGUUGGACCACAUCUUGAUCAUAGACCAAGUUUUGAAGGAUCAAACGACUCGUUGUCUGCCUAUCAUCAGAUGGGAAAUCCGAUUUAUGAAGCAGCAGAUUCUGGAGCUGAGGGUGGAAGUAUACAUACUGAACUAUCACGGCAAUAUGCAAAUACGUCUAAUGUUAACUUUUUAGUUGCAACUGGACAAGCCAUGACAGCUAACAAUCCUGGACAGAGGUGCUCCCCCAUAGGCCAACACCCUACAAUGAGUGGACAGAAUCCUCCAUCGAAUAAUAUAUUCCCACCCAUAGCUUGUGAUAUUAAACAUCAACAGAAAGCAUAUUCAGCCAAAGGUGAGACAGGCCAAACUCUCCAAAUGAUUAGUUACAAUCUCUCAAAUCACAGCAGCCAAACAAUUGCACUACAAGGCACUCAAGUGUCAAAUAAUCCUCAUUAUAUGAGGCAGCAUUUAAUAGCUCAAGGAGACAAUGCUGUCUCUUUAGGUUAUCCUGUCCAAAGAAGCUCAUCUUUCCAAAAUAAGAUUCAACAAGAGGGAAGUUACGGAAGCCUUCAGAAUAAAAAUCAUGUCACUCAAGGCAUUGCCACCCUCACUUUCCAACAGUCUCCAACAGUUCUAUACAUACCACAGUCCCACCACAGACAACAAAGUCCUACAUCCCCUCAGAUGCAGAUGUUGCCAGCUGUUGCCCCAGCAUUUGGAAAUGACUUUCCUGAACUUGCCCCAAAUAUGAUGACACCCUCAAGAAAUAGCCUGAACCUGGAGAUCUUUGAUAUGAACUCUUCCCAGGUACAACAUUGGCAAAUACCAUCUCCAAUGAGAAGGGAUUCCCUGCAGAACCCUGGUCUGGAGACAUUGCCAAGGUCAGCUGGCCACCUGCGGCCAGAUGCCAAAAUUCCAAAUCGAACUAAUUCAUUCAAUAGCAAACUGCAGACAUCGCCAUCUGUGAGACAAGUUCAGACGAACAAAACAGAUCCAUCUCUUAACACUACCAAUACCAUUACAGCAGUAACAUCAACCCCUAUUCUCAAAGCAGUGAGGAGCAUUAGAGUCCCAAGGCCCGAGCCUCAGACAGCUGUGGCACCUUUACACCCAGCAUGGUUACAGACUCCGGGCACAGAUAGCAAUGACGUAAUGGAUCAGAAGCCAUUGGCAGUAGGUGGGGCUGUAGCCUAUCCCCUGGAGCCUGAUGAUUACACUGUGAAAGAGCGUCGAUGCCCUCCACCACCAUAUCCAAAACAUUUGUUACUUCAGAACAGCGCAGAGCAGUUUGAUGCCAAUAGUUUAUGCAUGGGUGUGGACCAAAAUAUUCGCGCUAUUCAAAGUUUGACCUGCAGUGAAACUGAAAGUAUUGGCAAUCAAAAAUCUGAGAAAAAUAACAAGCCGAACAAAUCAGAGAAGAUGGGAAAGGACAAAAAACUUAUUCAAACAUCUCCUGUACCAGUUCGCAAAAACAACAAAGAUGAGGAAAAGAGAGAAUCGAGAAUUAAAAGUUACUCUCCUUUUGCUUUUAAAUUCUUCAUGGAACAACAUGUAGAGAAUAUAAUGAAAACAUACCAACAAAAAUUAAACAGAAGGCUGCAGUUGGAGCAAGAGAUGUCAAAGGCAGGACUUUCCGUGGCUGAACAGGAACAGAUGAGGAAAAUGCUUAAUCAGAAAGAAUCCAAUUACAACAGAUUGAAAAGAGCAAAAAUGGACAAAUCCCUGUUUGUAAAAAUUAAGACUCUGGGAGUCGGUGCAUUUGGGGAGGUCUGCCUGGCUCAAAAAGUGGACACCAAUGCUCUGUAUGCAAUGAAAACUCUAAGGAAAAAAGAUGUGUUGAGUCGCAAUCAAGUGGCUCAUGUGAAAGCUGAAAGGGACAUUCUGGCUGAAGCUGACAAUGAAUGGGUGGUGAAGCUUUACUACUCCUUCCAAGAUAAAGACAGCUUAUACUUUGUGAUGGAUUACAUCCCUGGUGGAGAUAUGAUGAGCCUCUUAAUACGAAUGGGAGUUUUUCCAGAGUCACUGGCAAGAUUCUAUAUCGGAGAACUGACUUUAGCCAUUGAGAGCGUCCACAAAAUGGGAUUUAUUCACAGAGAUAUUAAACCUGAUAACAUCCUGAUAGAUCUUGACGGACACAUUAAGCUCACUGACUUUGGUCUUUGUACUGGGUUCAGGUGGACACAUGAUUCCAAAUACUAUCAGAAAGGGAGCCAUGCCAGACAAGACAGCAUGGAGCCAAGUGAUCUUUGGGGAGACUUGUCUGAUUGUAAGUGUGGUGAUAGAUUAAAAACCCUUGAACAGAGGGCUGCCCGACAGCACCAAAGAUGCCUGGCCCACUCAUUGGUCGGAACUCCAAACUACAUUGCUCCUGAGGUUCUGGUACGAAAAGGAUAUACACAACUCUGUGACUGGUGGAGUGUAGGAGUUAUACUCUUUGAGAUGUUAGUGGGACAGCCUCCUUUUCUUGCUCCAACACCUGCAGAAACUCAAAUUAAGGUAAUAAAUUGGGAGAGUACACUGUACAUUCCACCACAAGUAAAACUUAGUCCUGAAGCAAGAGAUCUCAUCACAAAGCUUUGUUGUGGAGCCAGUGACAGACUUGGUGGAAACGGAGCAGAUGAAAUUAAGGCUCAUCCUUUCUUUACCUCCAUUGAUUUUUCUAAAGACAUCCGCAGACAGCCAGCACCCUAUGUUCCAAAGAUUAGCCAUCCCAUGGACACCUCAAACUUUGAUCCAAUAGAAGAGGAGAAUUUGUGGAAUGACAGCAGUGACAGCACCAAAACCUCUGACACAUUAACUAGUCCAAUUGGUGGUAACAAGCAUCCUGAACAUGCAUUUUAUGAGUUCACUUUCCGACGGUUCUUUGAUGACCAUGGUUAUCCUUUCCGGUAUCCAAAACCCUUAGAAAAUAAUGAACCCAAAGAAAGUCAGCCGGAUUUGGGCCAGAGUGAAUCUGUCAACCAUGGUGAAAGCUAUCAGCCGGUAUAUGUUUAGAAACAAAAUGUAACAUUUUCUAUUAAUUGUGAUUUUUUUUGUUGUUGUUGUUGUCCCAGAAUUCAAACAGGAAUUUUACCUGACAUCUGUGGCUUAAAACAGAUAGCACUUACUUUGUCAGUGGCAUAUUAUGCCCCUUAGGGAUGAUUGGCUCCUGCUGCUAAAUAUUUAAAAAUAUUAUAUUUAGUAUUAACACUAAUUUUAUAGAAGAAAAUAGAACUAGAUAAUAGGGAAUAAACUCUAGAUAGAUUUAGAAUAUAUAAACAGGAUUUCCAAAAUAUACGGAAGGCUGAAAAGUUUUGAAAAAUGGUUAUGUGCAAUAAUAUGUAAAUCAAUGUUUUAUAUAUGUGUGUGUAUAUAUAUAUAUAUAUAUAUAUAUAUAUAUAUAUAUAUAUAUACAUAUACACAUACAUACACAUACAUACAUUCAUUAAUAUUGCAAUACCAUAAUAAACAUUUUGUUAAUUUUAUAAUCUAUAUUGAAAGCUCUAGAGCAAAUUGGAUAACACCAAAAAGAAACUUGCUGGAGAAACUUAGCGAACCAAGCAGCAUCUAUGCAGAGACAGUAAUUGUGGAAUGAUAAAAGGAUCUCAAUCCAAAACCUUGACAAUUCCUUUCCUUUCACUGAUGCUUCUUAGCCUACUUCCAGAAGUUUGUGUUUUUUUUGCUGCAGCUUUUUAUAGCAGUGUUUGGAUAACACCAAUGCUGCUUUCAAUCUUUUAUGAUAUAUUCAAAGUAUUUUUCAAUAUAAAAAGUGAUAGUGAGUUGAUAAUUGCAUAAUGCUUUGAAAUGCCUUGGAGUGCAACUCAAACAUGAAUAUUAAUUUCAACUUUUGGGUUAAACUAAUUUUAGGAAAUAUGUGUAAAACACAGGCAGGUCCUGUGUGAAUCAAUUCAUUUACAGUAAUUAAAAAACAGCUCCUUGUAUCUCAGUCUCUUUAAAACAGUUUAUAAUCAAGCCUUUUACAUGUUCUCCAUUUCUUAUGUUUUUUUUCUAUGUGACAUCAGACCUUAAAAGAUUAAUAUUACAGAGUGCCACUUAAGCUUUUUUUUUACAAAAAAUGAUAUGGACACAGAAUGUUUCUGUUUCAAUUAAUGUGAAAUGACUAUGGUCCAGAAAUAAAUAUAUUGUCUGAAUGUAAAAUUAUUGACAAAGUACUAUUUCUGUUGAUUACUGUUUCAUAAAGUUGCAAGCAGCAGAGAUGUAUAAAUGAUAUAACUAUUUAUAAAGAGUAAGCUUUUCCAUAUAUGUAUGAUUGUGUUCCCCAAAGCAAUAACUAUUUUAGUUGCACCUAUUUCACUAUUAUAUUGAUAAACAUCAAAAUUAGCAACUUUUCUUGCAUUGUAAGACCCUUCUAUCAAAACCAAUUUGAACAUAAUCAAGUUUUAAUGGAAUCUGUACAAGCUUUAGUAAUGUAGUAUAAAUUAGACUUUAGUAUGGGACUGGAAUUUUGGUCCAGUCUUACACUUUCAAUAUUCGUCUCACCUGAAGUUGUUGAUGUGUCUCAAUACAUGAAAAUAAAAUGCCAGAGUAUGGCUGUACACUGGUUGGGUUCCGUUAGCUGGCUGGAACAUAAAUUUACAUACAGUUCACCACAGUAAUGCCAACAAUUUAAUAAAUACUUUUUGGCCAAUCAGUCAACUAUCUGUACAUAAAACUUUUAAUGGAGGUUGAAAACAUAACAGUAUAAUGCUAUCAAACAUCAUCAAAAUCUUUUCUAUUAAGUUCUGCAGAUAAUAAUUCACUAAGUUCACAUAUUGUCAUUUUGUGUGGGACAAGUACAGAAAACUUUGUUUUUCUCAGCAGCUACCAGAAUGAUUAUGAAAAUAUAUAUUUUGUUAUUGUGUCUUACUGUGUAGGCCUCUACAUACUAGGACAAAUGUCAAAGUGGAAAUGACGCAAAACUUAAAACCCGACCUAACCACAGCCAAUUCUGAACUGGCCAAGUAUUUAUAGAUCUUUUUUCCUCUCAUCUGACCCAAUCUGACUUGUGAUCAUCUCAAAGAAAAAAAAACAUAUUAUCCUGACCUGGUUAAAGUACUGAACGGGAGUGGAUCUGAAAUAGAAUAUUUUAGCAAUACACACAUCCAAAUCUGACAGAGCCAGGUCCUAUUAGGUUCAGAUUUGGUGACCAGACUCUACCCCAAUAGUCUUAUUACAGAUGGAUUUUUUUUAAGAUCCUGGAUUAAAUGUCCUCUCAUUUCUAAAGGUAAAAAUCAAAGAUAGCAACUACUCACAAGCCAAUGUGAAUAGCCUUGAUUGAAGACAAAAUAGCUAAUGCAGCAGAUAAUGUAAUGAUAAUGGAAUAACAUCUGGUAAGCAUUUUGUGUUAAUAUUGCUCAGCAAUUCAUAAAUGAUUGCACAGAAUUUAGUUGCAUUUUUGUGUCUAAACUUCUAAAAUAUCAUCUACAUUUGGAAGUCAUCUUGGCUAUUCAGUCUGCUUGAUUAUAUUCCAUUUGGAUAUCCUUGACAUUUUAUCUCCUAAAGAAUAUUUUUCUUCCCCAGAUUUUUGUAUUCUUUUCUAGUAGGUAGCCAUCGAUCCUGGGGAUCAUGGGUUUGCGCCUCUUGUGGACUGUGUCCUGCCUGGGUGGGAAGAUUUGAAGAACCAGCUGUUGCCCAUGCAGCAGGUUCCCCCUCUCCAUGUCACUGAUGUAGUCCAAGGGAGGGGCAAACGCCGGUACAGCUUGACACCAGUGCUGUCGCAGAGGUUGCCAGAGUGAAGUUGUAAACAACAUCAAAUUGCCUUAGGGAUCCGGGCUCCGGAUUUCUUCCUUGGGGUUUACUCCCGAAGACUUUCCCAUGGGUGGGUAUGGCCACAAGGCAGCAAAGGUUUAAAAUCAAGAAUUUUCCUUCUCCUAGGUGGGCUGCUGUCCAAGGCUGACGAGUCCCACCUGCCUGAACUCUUUUCUACUACCUUUAGAUAAUAUCAACAAAUGUUUAUGUAUUAUUCUGCAAGUGGUGUUGAUGUUACAUCUUAUUACCCAAAGGGUGACUUUUUGUGGGAGCCUGAAAAACAAGUUUUACUUUUAGGAGGCUGAUGUCACAGCUCAUUUUUCUGGUAUCCUAAUGCAUGAACAGGAGUAGAUAUAUUUCUGACUGCCUGAGCAAACAAACACAUGCAGUUGUGGUACUGCCUUGCUGCCAUAGCUGAGAUUAUCUCUAUCAGCAUAUACCAAGAUUUAAACAUACAUCUUUUUAGGCUUGUGUAACACAAUUAACAGUGCAAUUUGUUUUCCUGUUUUGUGUUAAAGAGGGUAAUACUGGUGAUAUUAGAAAUUUGAAGGUAGAAUUGAGUAUUUUGUAAAGGGGAACUAAGGAAAUGGCUGCAAAUAAGAGUUCAAGAUGUACAAUAGGAUUAACUUUGGUAUGUAUGUUGGAUAUAUGGAGAAAAGGAACAAGAGAUACAGACAAAGAGAUUCAUUAUUCAGAAAACAUCCUGUGUCAACUUAGAAUGCAGUGAGGUUCAAUGCUGAUAGCUAAUUCUGAUUAUAUUUGUCCCUAAUAUGCCAAGUAUUUAUUGUCUAAAGUAUAUCCAAUUAUGAUUUGGACAACUGGUUAUAAUUUAGCUUAUUUGACUAUAUAAUGUAUCAAGUUCUAUUUUUUUGGAAAAAAAAACUUGGAGUGUCUAUGCAAUAUGGAGAUAAAAUCAGUAAAUGUCAUUGUAAUUCUCAUAGAACACAACCUUCUCUAAAAUAAAAAGUAUAUGGUAUUUAUUAGACCAUAUUAAAAUAUUACCUCUUUUGUAAGUACUUGUUGACAGUUGUGUAUAAAAGGAGAUCUAUUGUC